CAUGCAGUUGAUGUGGAUUCAGGGAACAACUAUGAUAUUUAUAUCCCGGUCCAUAUCCAGAGUCAGAUCACUCCUCACGCCAUCAUUUUCCUGCCAAAUACAGACGGCAUGGAGAUGCUGCUGUGCUACGAGGAUGAGGGUGUCUACGUCAACACCUAUGGCAGGAUCAUCAAGGAUGUGGUACUGCAAUGGGGAGAAAUGCCGACCUCUGUGGCAUACAUCUGCUCCAACCAGAUCAUGGGUUGGGGAGAGAAGGCCAUUGAGAUCCGCUCGGUGGAGACUGGUCACCUCGAUGGGGUGUUUAUGCACAAGAGGGCUCAGCGACUAAAGUUCCUGUGUGAACGCAAUGAUAAGGUCUUCUUUGCCUCUGUUCGUUCCGGUGGGAGUAGUCAGGUCUAUUUCAUGACGCUGAACCGUAGCUGUAUAAUGAACUGGUGA